AGUCCCCGUCCUCUAUUUACACGACGAAAAAAGGGACUGUACCUGAUUUCGGCUAAAUAGAGUUAUCCCCCUCCUCCCUUUAACGCUUUUUAGAAGCAAAACAAACUGUUAAUGUCGCAGUUGACUAGUCAAAUCAUAGACGUCGGUAUCUACAGAUGUUGACGUCGAAUCGUUUCACGUGUAAGCUUCUGGGUUUGGUUUUUAGUUUUUCCUCUCCUAAACUCUCCCGUAGGUUAUAAUGAAAAUAUUGAAAGAAAAGAGUUGAAACCCUUUACUCUGUGCGAUCCAAAAUUACAGCCACAGGUGACCUAAAGUUUCUACGCAAUGUUGAUUCAUUUUAUUUGAAUGAAGUAACGUUUCAGAAAAUUAAUCUGCACUUUUCACCUCAAGACCAAGAUACAGAUUAGAAUAUUUGCUGUUGUCCUAAACAAAACUUUGAAAGAUAUGUCGACAGACUUUUGGGACUAGGGUGAGUUAGACGUUGAUUCUGAUUGCCCUUCUAGAGAUAGUCGAUGAUCAGUUGGUUUAUUAUUGGUGUUGUGUGUUUGUGUGAUUUUUAUGCGUUUUUCUUAAUCUGUGAUCAGAAAGCUAACAUAAUGGCUGAAGUCGUCUCAGCAUCGUUACAUAGUCUGUCCAACUUACCUGACAAUAUUUUGUUGGAAAUUAUUGCCUAUCUUCCCGUUCACUGCUUGGGAAGACUGGCUUGUGUAAGUCAACGGUUUUGCAAGAUUGUUCAAGAUGACAUGAUUUGGAAACGCAUGUUCUGUAAGCAGUAUAAGGUGGUAUUACCACUUCCUCCAGGAGCUGAGUCGUGGCGUAGUGAAUAUCAGCGACUGAGUGACCAAGCUCCUGUUGUACUAUGCCAAGUGCUCAGAGGUCACAGAGCUGAGGUGCUGCAUGUCAGCUUUUCGCACAGUGGUCACAUAUUUGCUACUAGCUCCAAAGAUGGAAUAGUUAUGGUAUGGAAGGCAGACAUUCCUUGCUCACUGCAAUUCAGUGUCAACACAGUCCAUAGGCUGAACUGGGUGUACACUGUCUUCUCACAGUUCAGCAUGUCUGACACCAAGCUACUUGUCUCAGGCUAUCACAGCAGCAGCUUCAGUGCCUUUGGCCAACUUGCUGUUUUUGAUUUGCAAAGCUUGGAACUUGUCUCUCUCGUGGAGAAUGACCCUUUGGAUCUCUAUGGUGCGUGGUAUGAUGACAAUCACUUUCUGUCAGGAACUAUCCAGCAGACUGAGAAUGACACAUCUAUUUCAUCUAUAUGGUUAAACAAGAUAAGUGGGACUUCCUCAGUCAAAACAGCUGGCGUGGCAAGUUGCCUGUAUCACUUCCAGAAUGUGAGCAGUGGCUGCAUUCGCACUAUCUUGCUGGCUGACUGUUCUUCCCCUCGACUGCCUUUGUUGACAACUGCUGAAUGUGGUCAGAGUAGACACAGUGCAAGCGACUGUUUUGAAAAUAGCUGUGACAAACGGUGGCCUCUGACCUUGGAAGACGAGUUACACAACACCACACUAGGCAUGGGAUUUGAAAAAAAAUCGAGUGACCAUAGCAGUGGUGGUCAAAAAGCUGCUUUGGUGCCAACAUUUGCAGGGUCUUUUAUGCAGUCUGUUUCAUGUGAACAUGUAGAAUCAUUUGAAAGUGCAUUGGAUCAGAAACAAACAGGAAGAACUUCAGCCGUGCAAAUUUCCACCCAUGAAGGCAAGCUGUUAGUAUGCUCUAUGAGCUUAGACACAUAUGCACCACAUGUGAUAGGCAUCAAACGGUUACAGAUGGAGAAAAUUAAAGACAGCAUGUCAGCAGGCGAGGGAUGGGUUGAACGAUCAGAUGGUGUUCAAAAUCUGCCAGAUAUGCAUGCUGACAUGGCUAUAAACCAUCAAAUUGAUUCCAUGGAUCAUGAGAUCAACGUACAUGGACGUAUUGUGGGCAUGGCAUUAUCCCCAGAUCAUAGGUUUCUGUUUUUCAACAUUCGAAAAUGGCCAAAACACUAUACCAUUACAGAUGUGAUGGAGCCACCACCGAUGUCAAAGAAUAUGGAAGUUCGUGUUCUUGACCUUCAAUCUCUGCAGGAAACAGGCUCUGUGUUUAGUUCACAUAAAGCUUUCUCCCCCAACCAUCAGUGUUUCUUCGUCUUCUUGGAUGUCAGCAAGCACUAUGUUGCAAGUGGUGCUGAAAACAAGCAGGGCUACCUGUGGGAUCGUGACUAUAACGUAUUUCUUGGUAGCUUCCUCCACUCGGAUGUUGUCAGUUGUGUGGCAUUCAAUCCAUGCAAUGAGGAGAUGCUAGUUACUGUUGGUGAUGAUUUUCAAAUCAAGGUGUGGCGGUCACGGAGAGCAGUUCGUCAGAAAGCAAACUGACUCAUUUCAGACUUUGAUCUUACUAUGUAGGUAUAAUUGAUGAGUUUUUACUCAGUGACAAUGAUACAUCAGCUGUUAAUUCAGAAGUUAAGGAUUUGAAAUCUAUGAGAUAAAUAACAUGCAUAUGUCCAUGAUUUGUUCAUGCUUAAAGAUUUUGUUUAGAAGUUAUUGUGAAGUGUGGCUAAUAAAAUCUAAGACAGCAGA